GGCUCCGGGCCGCGGGGCGGAGGGCGCAGUGGCCGCGCGGUGCCCGCUGCCGUGGGAGCGGCGGGGACGGAGGGGCCCCCUCCUCUCUCUGAGCAGUCGCUCCUUCCAGCUCCUCGCCUCCACGUCUCCAGAAGGGGAGACGGAAAGCGGGGCGGCCGUGUCCCCCCGUCUCGUCCCCGCGCCGCGCACGGACUGGCCAUGGGGCCGCUCCAGGUGUUCGCCUUCGGCUUCCUAGCCCUGUGCGGAGCCCGGGUGUGCGCUCAGGACCCCGAGUUCAGCUACGGCUGCGCGGAGGGCAGCUGCUACCCCGCCACCGGCGACCUCCUCAUCGGCCGAGCGCACAGGCUGUCGGUGACCUCGACGUGCGGGCUGCGCGGGCCGGAGCCCUACUGCAUCGUCAGCCACCUCCAGGAGGACAAAAAAUGCUUCGUAUGCAAUUCACAGGAUCCUUAUCACGAGACCCUCAACCCUGACAGUCAUCUCAUUGAAAAUGUGGUAACUACAUUUGCUCCAAACCGCCUUAAGAUUUGGUGGCAGUCCGAAAACGGCGUGGAAAACGUAACUAUCCAACUGGAUUUGGAAGCAGAAUUCCAUUUUACUCAUCUCAUAAUGACUUUCAAGACAUUCCGUCCAGCUGCGAUGCUGAUAGAACGAUCGUCCGACUUCGGGAGAACCUGGGGCGUGUACAGAUACUUUGCCUAUGACUGUGAGGGCUCAUUUCCAGGCAUUUCAACUGGCCCCAUGAAAAAAGUGGAUGAUAUAAUCUGCGAUUCCCGCUAUUCUGACAUCGAACCCUCGACGGAAGGGGAGGUGAUAUUUCGUGCUUUAGAUCCUGUAUUCAGAAUAGAAGAUCCUUAUAGUCCCAGGAUACAGAAUCUCUUAAAAAUCACCAACUUGAGAAUCAAGUUUGUGAAGCUCCACACUUUGGGAGAUAACCUUUUGGAUUCCAGGAUGGAAAUCAGAGAAAAGUAUUACUAUGCAGUGUAUGAUAUGGUGGUUCGAGGAAAUUGCUUCUGCUACGGUCAUGCCAGCGAAUGCGCCCCCGUGAAUGGAAUCAACGAAGAAGUAGAAGGCAUGGUUCAUGGGCAUUGCAUGUGCAGGCAUAAUACCAAAGGCUUAAACUGUGAACUGUGCAUGGAUUUCUACCAUGAUUUACCCUGGAGACCCGCUGAAGGUCGAAACAGCAACGCCUGUAAAAAGUGUAACUGCAAUGAACAUUCGAGCGCCUGCCACUUUGACAUGGCGGUGUACUUGGCCACGGGCAACGUCAGUGGCGGGGUGUGUGACGACUGUCAGCACAACACGAUGGGGCGCAACUGUGAGCAGUGCAAGCCGUUUUACUACCAGCACCCGGAGAGGGAUGUCCGAGACCCUAACCUCUGUGAACGGUGUACCUGUGACCCGGCUGGAUCUCAGAAUGGGGGCAUCUGUGACGGUUACACCGAUUUUUCGGCUGGCUUCAUUGCUGGUCAGUGUCGGUGUAAAUUACACGUGGAAGGAGAACACUGUGAACUUUGCAAAGAGGGCUUCUAUGGCUUAAGCGCCGAGGAUCCGUUUGGUUGUAAAUCUUGUGCCUGCAAUCCUCUGGGAACGAUCCCUGGCGGGAAUCCUUGUGAUUCUGAGACUGGUUACUGCUACUGUAAGCGUCUGGUGACAGGACAGCGUUGUGACCAGUGUCUGCCAGCGCACUGGGGCUUAAGCAAUGAUCUGGAUGGAUGUCGACCUUGUGACUGUGACCUUGGAGGGGCCUUAAACGACAGCUGUUCCCCGGAGUCCGGCCAGUGCGCGUGCCGACCGCACGUGAUCGGGCGUCAGUGCAACGAAGUGGAGUCUGGUUACUACUUUACCACCUUGGAUCACUACAUCUACGAAGCAGAAGAAGCCAACUUUGGGCCUGGGGUCCACAUAGUGGAGCGACAAUACAUUCAAGACCGGAUCCCUUCCUGGACCGGAGCCGGCUUCGUCCGAGUGCCUGAAGGGGCUUAUUUGGAGUUUUUCAUCGACAACAUACCAUAUUCCAUGGAGUAUGACAUCUUGAUUCGCUACGAGCCACAGCUCCCCGACCGCUGGGAAAAAGCCGUCAUCAUGGUGCAGCGACCUGGAAGGAUCCCAGCGAGCAGCCGGUGCGGCAAUACUGUCCCCGAUGAUGACAACCAGGUGGUGUCCUUGUUGCCUGGCUCCAGGUAUGUCGUCCUUCCACGGCCCGUGUGCUUCGAGAAGGGUGUGAACUACACGGUGAGGUUAGAGCUGCCCCAGUACACAGCCUCCGACAGCGACCUGGGGAGUCCCUACACUCUCAUCGACUCUCUGGUCCUCAUGCCCUUCUGCAAGUCACUGGACAUCUUCACUGUGGGAGGAUCGGGGGACGGGCUGGUCACCAGCAGUGCCUGGGACACCUUUCAGAGAUACAGAUGCCUGGAGAACAGCAGAAGUGUGGUGAAAACCCCCAUGACCAACGUGUGCAGAGACAUAAUCUUCAGCAUUUCCGCCCUGUUACACCAGACGGGCCUGGCUUGUGAAUGUGACCCCCAGGGCUCCCUAAGUUCCGUCUGUGACCCCAACGGAGGCCAGUGCCAGUGCCGGCCGAACGUGGUUGGGAGAACCUGCGACCGAUGUGCUCCGGGCACCUUCGGCUUCGGCCCCGGUGGCUGCAAACCUUGUGAGUGCCACCUGCAAGGGUCCGUCAGCGCUUUCUGUGACCCCGUCACUGGCCAGUGCCGCUGCUUCCAGGGGGCGUACGCGCGCCAGUGCGACCGCUGCCUGCCCGGCUACUGGGGCUUCCCCAGCUGCCAGCCCUGCCAGUGUAACGGCCACGCCGAGGACUGCGACUCCGCCACCGGGGCGUGCGUGGGCUGCCAGGACUACACCACGGGGCACAACUGUGAAAGGUGCUCGGCCGGUUACUACGGCGAUCCCGUCAUCGGGUCAGGAGAUCACUGCCGCCCUUGCCCUUGCCCGGAUGGUCCCGACAGCGGACGCCAGUUCGCCAGCAGCUGCUAUCAAGACCCCGUCACUUUGCAGCUCGCCUGUGUCUGUGACCCCGGAUACGUCGAGUGUGUCUGCAACUCCCUGGGCACCGUGCGGGACCACUGCAACGGCUCCGACUGCCAGUGCGACAAAACCACCGGCCAGUGCUCGUGUCUUCCUAACGUGGUCGGGCAGAACUGUGACCGCUGUGCGCCCAACACUUGGCAGCUGGCCAGCGGGACCGGGUGUGACCCGUGCAACUGCGAUCCCGCCCAUUCCUUCGGGCCAUCUUGCAAUGAGUUCACGGGGCAGUGCCAGUGCAGGCCCUGGUUCGGAGGCCGCGCCUGCAGCCAGUGCCGGGAGCUGUUCUGGGGAAGCCCCAGCCUGGAGUGCCGAGCCUGUGACUGUGACCCCAGGGGCAUCGAGACGCCACAGUGUGACCAGUCCACGGGCCGGUGCGUCUGCGUGGAGGGCGUGGAGGGCCCGCGCUGUGACAAGUGCGCGCGCGGGUACUCGGGGGCCUUCCCCGACUGCGCUCCCUGCCACCAGUGCUUUGCUGUGUGGGACGUGAUCGUCGCCGAGUUGACCAAUCGGACCCAGAAGUUCCUGGAGAGAGCCAAGGCCCUGAAGAUCAGCGGGGUGAUUGGGCCUUACCGGGAGACCGUGGACUCGGUGGAGAAGAAAGUCCGCGAGAUCCGGGACACCCUGGCCCGGAGCCCCGCCGCAGAGCCGCUGAGAAACAUCGGGGAUCUCUUUGAGGAAGCGGAGAAAUUGAUCAAAGAUGUUACCGACAAGAUGGCUCAAGUAGAAGUGAAAUUGUCUGACACAGCUUCCCAGAGCAACAGCACAGCCAGAGAACUAGAUUCUCUACAGACAGAAGCAGAAAGCCUAGACAACACGGUGAAAGAGCUUGCGGAGCAAUUGGAAUUUAUCAAAAACUCAGAUAUUCGGGGCGCCUUGGAUAGCAUCACCAGGUACUUCCAGAUGUCUGUGGAGGCAGAGGAGAGGGUGAACGCCUCCACCACAGACCCCGACAGCGCCGUGGAGCGGUCGACUCUCACUCGGGACCGAGUAGAAGAGCUGCUGUUGGAACGAGAAUCCCAGUUCAGGGAAAAACAAGAGGAGCAGGCCCGCCUUCUGGACGAGCUGGCAGGCAAACUGCAAAGUCUAGACCUCUCAACCGUCGCUGAAAUGACCUGCGGGACGCCUCCGGGGGCCUCUUGCUCCGAGACCGAGUGCGGCGGCCCGAGCUGCGGGACCGACGACGGGGAGAAGAAGUGCGGGGGGCCCGGCUGCGGCGGCCUGGUCACGGUCGCCCACAGCGCCUGGCAGAAAGCCAUGGACUUCGACCGCGACGUGCUGAGCGCGCUGGCCGAGGUGGAGCAGCUCUCCAAGAUGGUCUCUGAAGCGAAGCUGAGGGCGGAUGAGGCAAGGCAGCAGGCCCAGGGCGUUCUGCAGAAAACCAGCGCCACCAAGGAAAACGUGGACAAAAGCAACGAGGACCUGAGGAACCUGAUCAAGCAAAUCAGGGACUUUCUGACCCAGGACAGUGCUGACUUGGACAGCAUUGAAGCCGUUGCUAACGAAGUGCUGAAAAUGGAAAUGCCUAGCACCCCAGAGCAGUUACAGAACUUGACAGAAGAUAUUCGGGAACGAGUUGAAAGCCUUUCUCAAGUAGAGGUUAUUCUACAGCAAAGCGCUGCUGACAUUGCCAGAGCGGAGAUGUUGCUAGAAGAAGCUAAAAGAGCCAGCAAAAGUGCAACUGAUGUCAAAGUCACCGCAGACAUGGUCAAGGACGCCCUGGAGGAGGCAGAAAAGGCCCAGAUCGCAGCAGAGAAGGCGAUUAAACAAGCAGAUGAGGACAUCCAGGGGACCCAGAACCUGCUGACUUCGAUCGAGUCUGAGACCGCGGCCUCCGAGGAGAACUUGCGCAACGCCUCCCAGCGCAUCAGCGAGCUUGAGAGGAACGUGGAGGAGCUGAAGCGGAAGACCGCCCAGAACUCCGGCGAGGCAGAGUAUAUCGAGAAAGUGGUGUACACUGUGAAACAAAGUGCCGACGACGUUAAGAAGGCUCUGGACGGGGAAGUUGAUGAAAAGUAUAAAAAAGUAGAGAGAUUAAUUGCCCAAAAAACCGGAGAGUCCGCUGAUGCCAGAAGGAAAGCUGAACUGCUGCAGCAGGAAGCGAGAACGCUUCUGGCGCAAGCCCACAGCAAGCUGCAGCUCCUGAAAGAUUUAGAAAGAAAAUAUGAGGACAAUCAAAAAUAUUUAGAAGAUAAAGCUCAAGAAUUAGGAAGACUGGAAGGCGAAGUGCGCUCGCUCCUCCACGAUAUUAGCCAGAAAGUUGCUGUUUACAGCACCUGCUUGUAACAAAAGGCUGCCAGGUGACCCAAGUAAAAUAGCUACAUCUUAAAAACUGACUUCAUGAUCUUCAAAAUUAAAACUCAUUACCUAUUUAAUGUUUUUAAUCACAUUUUGUAUGGAGUUUAAAUAAAGUACAGUGCUUUUAUAUAAAUCUA